AUGAUCUCCCUCCGUGCUUUCUCGCGCUCUGUGCCACGGCUGUCUCAGUCCAUCGCCCGCGCUUCGCUGCGCCCGGCCACCUUCACCAAGCCUGCUCUUGCCCAGCCCUGGAAGCAGGCCUCCAAGCCCGCCUACGCUGCUUUUUCCACCUCAAGUGUCUUCCGGGAGCCCGCCGCUGAAGGUGACAUCGAGCUGAUUGCCAAGCUUGAGGAGGAGGUCAAGCACGAGAAGGCCUCUGGUGUCGAGGAUGCACGCGAACAGAAGGCCAGUAUUGACUACACCCUACAGGCCGGCGAAUGGCAGGCCAAGGACGUCGAGGGUGAGCAGGAAGUUGUCCUGACCAAGAAGUUCGGCAACGAGAAUAUCCGGGUCACUUUCACUGUCGCCGAUAUCAACAACCUCUCCGAGGACCCCUUGGACCAGCUCCCCGACGAGGCUCUGGGCGAUGAGGGUUUCGAGAGCCAGCAGCGUGAGGGUGAGGGCGAGGACGAGGUUCUCCCUCCCACCUUCCCUGCCCGCCUCAGCAUUGCCAUCGAGAAGCCCGACAACGGCGCUCUUCUAAUCCAGGCUGUUAUCCAGGAUGGUGACCUCCAGAUCGAGGAGAUCUCCCACUUCAAGGACGCCGCUAUCGCUAAUGCCCAGACCGCCGAGAAGGACUGGACCCGCCAGAGCCUCUACGCCGGACCUCCCGCUGAGAACCUUGACCCCGAGCUUUUGGCAUUCUGGGGUCGCUACCUCGAGGAGCGUGGCUUGAAUGUCGAGUUCCAGAACAUGGUCACCGACUACAUCUCUUACAAGGAGCAGAAUGAAUACGUUCGGUGGUUGGAGAACGUCCGCAAGUUUGUUGCUGCUUAA